CCUUCUUCUGCCCCUCAACCUAGUACGAGUGGUUCUUCACCAACACCAAGCACUAUGUUAUCCCCAGCUCCAGGCCCAUCCACUGGACCAGUUACUUUCACUGUUGGAGAGAGCUUAGGCUGGACUGUUCCCACUAACGGUGCUGCAGCUUACACAUCUUGGGCAUCUGGCAAGACUUUCAAGGCUGGAGACAUACUAGUGUUCAACUACCGAUCCAAUACUCACAACGUAGAGGAAGUGAGAAAAGAGAAUUUUGACUUUUGCAACUCAACCUCUCCUCUUGCCACUUACACCACAACACCCGUGAGAGUGACCUUGAACAGAUCUGGUGCUCACUUCUUCAUCUGUGGAGUUCUAGGGCACUGUCAAGGAGGUCAAAAACUCGCCAUCAAUGUCACCGACAACAAUAGUAGUGCCACCUCGUCUUCCCCUGUCGCUACCCCUCCUCCAGCCGCCACCGCUCCUCCCCCCCCUUCUCCCUCAAGCUCUCUCAUCCCUCUCCCACAGAACUCUGAAGCUGCAUCUGUCGGACUUGUUGGAGGUUCUGCCACCCUUCUUUCACUUCUCUUGGCUUUCUUCUGUUAGAGAUGUGAGAUUGUAGUUAGGAUUGUUUGGAACGGGUUAUUCUUGUC